AACCGGUCUAUAAUAUAGGUUAGCGUGACGUUGGACGAACUAGUCUGUGCAUCAGUCAUUCUGCAUACCUUCACCUGUUGACACUUCUACGAGUUAACAUGUUGUUCGAUUGAACAUGGAACCGUUUACAGUUUUAACGAUUUGGUUAUGUUACGUUACGGUCCUAACACAAAACGUAAGCGUUACGAACGAAACAAUUUGGUCAGAAGAAACACCUGGUGUGAUCUUGGAGGUCGAUAAAGUCAAUUCAGUUACUGUUACUUCGAUAGAAAGAGCAUCGACUGAUGCUGCUAACUGUGAAUGUGGUGUGGAAGAGGAUUGCAUAGGUCGUAGGACUAUAACACAUCCUUUAUGUCAAUGUCGUGAAGUCUGUGCUCGACAAUCCGGACAGUCUUGUUCGUUUUCGUCACCUUGUGACGUGGAAUUCGGUCUCAGAUGCGAGGACAACGUCUGUAGAGGUAAACUACGUAUACAAAUAACGGAAGUGACGUAUAAUUCCGUGUUGUUGACGUGGGAAUCUUCAACAACGGAGGAGCAUCAAGCUUCCGUUUCGUAUACUUCUGUAUAUAAUGGAUCAAACACAAAAUGGGAGCGAGUUGAGAUAGGAAAUAAUGAAGUUAAAAUUGAUGAUUUACAACCGGAUACAAGAUAUUUUGUUAAAGUGGAAGAGGAUGGAGAGUUCGAAAUUGCGGUUUUUAACACGAAAGAGAAAACAAUGACGACUACUAAAAGAGUUUUCGUCACGGAUCGAACCCCGAAUUCCAUAAGUUUAGCAUGGGAAGAUUUUAAAAGCGAAGAACUUUCAGACUACAUUGUAGAAUAUAAACCCAUAGGAUUCAAUGGAGAAUGGAUGACGUUUCACGCCAAUUCUACGUUAUCUGCAACGAUUUACGAUUUGAAACCAAAAAGCGAAUACAGCAUUAGAGUAAUUGAACAAGGAAAAAAUGGGAAGGGAGAAGUUUCCGAUUUAAUCACUGCAAUGACUUCAGAUGGUUGUAUCCGAGAGAAUUCAUGGUACGCAGUAGGACAACAAUUUUACGAAGGGUGCGCAUUAAAUUGCGUGUGCAAAGGAAACGACGAAGGAGAUUGUCACCCACGUUGCAAGGAACCGUACUUUCAGUCUGGAACAAAAAUUAUUGACGUUUCAUGUCGAGAAGUGUCGCUUCCUGAUGAUCCUUGUUGCGUGUCUCUUCAGUGCAAACCUGAAGAGAGGAAGAAGGUUUGUAAAUAUAAACAGAGCACUUACAACGUGGGAGAAGAAUUUUACGAUGGGUGCGAUUAUAGAUGUAAAUGUAACGAAUACAAAUUAGUAGAAUGUCAACCUAGAUGUCCUGAUAUCACUCAAAAUACCUCGCUUGCUUGCGAUAUUAUUGUUGAUCCUAAUGAUUCUUGCUGCAAAGUGAUUACGUGUGAAGAUACCCUGUUGAAUGGAGUAAACAGCACAAUAAAAGUUGAAGAAAACGAAGAAAAGAAAGCUACCGAAGCAACAAUAAACAAUAAUUUCGAAGUUAAAAUAUCUAAAGAUAGGCAUCCUAAACAACUAAAUAAUAAAGUUCCACAGAAACACGUCAAAGGCACAAAUUACGAAGAAGUGCACAAAAGAUUUUCUGGUUGCGAGUACAAAAAUCAAACCUAUAAAUUCGGAGAAGAGUACUUUGACGGUUGCCAAUCGAAAUGUAUCUGUGAAGGAACAGGCCAUAUAUCAUGUGAGCCAAGAUGCCCGCUGCUUUCUAGUGCUGGCGACACAUGUCAAGAAUUACCAGAUCCAGCCGAUUCUUGCUGCACAAUUAUGGUUUGCAAGUUACCAGGAGAAACGGAAGCUGCAGAAAAUUUAGAAAAUUUAAACAUAAAAAUUGAAACCAUAGAAGCACGUAACGCCACUACAAUAAGUCUACGUUUGGUACUAUUGAAAGAUGAAGAAUCGACAGAACCAAUAUUUCAGUUGUGGUAUUCUCCAGUUUCUGAUAGUUCUAUUUCUUGGAAUAAAAGAACUUUAAAUAGAGAAGAAUUAAAAAUGAUUAAGAAGAAUGUAUACGAUUUGGUAAUUAGUGAAUUGGCUCCUAAUACCGAAUACUAUUUUAGAAUUACCAAGUUAACAGAAGGAAUGGAAGUUGGUGAUGAUAAUGAUGCUUCUUCUACAGUUUCUAUGUUUAGUAAUACUGUCAGCGUUAAAACCUUUCCUUCUGUGGUAGAAACGGUGUUCCAGGGAUGUUUCCAUCACAACAAAACUUAUGACGUUGGAGAAAUCUUCUAUGAUGGAUGCCAGUAUAAGUGUAUAUGCCAUAAAGGAGGGCAAUUCGAAUGCCAAGAUAGAUGCGAGAUCUUUAUAGACACUGUGGGAUUCGAAAAUUGCUAUUGGGGUCCCGCUACGUAUGAUCCUUGUUGUAUUGUACCACAUUGCAACAAUACAAACAUUAAUGGAAGUUACUGUGUUCUUGAAGAUGGGAGUCGAUACCAAACCGGUGAUACAUGGGAGACGAAAGAAGGGUGUACACGUAAAAUCUGUAAAUGCGUUCUACUUACUAACGGUACAACUAAGGUGGAGUGUAAAGGUGGAUGCCCUCCUAUCCCCGAAACUGCGUAUCUUCCCACUUCAGAAUGCCCACACCCGUUACUCGUUACUCCUCAUGACCCUUGCAUCUGCCCUUACAUCGUUUGCAGCGAAUCUCCCGCCUGGCUAACACCCGAACCAAUACUGCAAUGCGAAUAUAAAGAUAAAAAGUACGAAAUUGGAAGAGAAUUUUAUGACGAAUGUAAAGCAUUUUGUCAUUGUGGAAGAGAUUUAAGGGUAGAAUGUGCUUCGAUCGAAUGUCCUCAUCAUUUUCCUGCACGCCAGAGCGAGUGUUUGGAGUGGGAAAUUGAUCCCAACUUUACUCCUUCUCCUCCGAAUUGCUGUCCCGCGUAUACAAAGUGCAAAAAUGAUGGAAGUUGUCAGUUUAACGGGAAUAAAAUUUUAAAUUACGAAUAUGUUCCUGGUGAGAUGUUAGACUGUGGAACGAAAUGUAUAUGCAUGAAUGGUAACAUAACGUGCGAAAAUAAAUGCCCAAAGCUUGGAGAAAAUCCACCUCUUGAUCUUCAAUGCCCUUAUAAUGCUGCUUAUAAGGACUACGACGAAAGUAAAUGUUGCCUUAUAUGGAAGUGUCGAAUUGCAGAAAAUCCAGAAGACAACUGUGUCUAUCAGGGUAAAUCGUAUAGACCAUCAGAACGAUGGGAAGUUAGGAAGGGCUCCAUGCAUAGAGUGUGUAUAUGUAAAGUACGUUCGAAUGGAAGAACGUCAGUGGAAUGUACUGGUGGAUGCCCUCCCAUUCCUGCUCGUUAUAGAGAACCGACCCCACAAUGCGCCAGACCUGUAUUAAUCACACCAGACGACCCUGCCAUAUGUCCUUACGUUGUAUGUAACAACUCCGUAUCAGCUAAGGAAUUGCAGAAUGUGAACAUUGUAUCUAUCAAUUCGACUACAGUUAAAGUAGAAUUUACUGUACCGUUGUUGUUUGUGGGUCUCACUGGUCAAACAGAACUCUACUACACAACAAAUCAAUCAUUGCCACGUGAUUCUUGGAUGGUACAAAUAUUCUCGAGUCCAAAUCGCCUUUUCAAUUCAGAAAAUAUUGAAUAUUUUCUAAACGGUUUGAAACCCGAUACUACAUACUUCUUCCAUAUAAAAACUCAAAUUGACGCUCUUCACGGAGGUCCCGAAAGUGGCUUAUAUAAGCUAAGAAUGCCUAAAGUGCCACCAGCAACCACAACUACCACACUGCCACCAAUGAUUAUGAUCGACGCCAUCGUGAUACUUACACCACUAGAUUCCAAGACUGUAAAAGUAUCCUGGAGGACAUUUGAGCCGCAAGAGAAGAGAUUUAUCGAUGGUUUGCAACUGAAGUACAAACCGAAGAAUUCUCAAGACUGGAAAACCACUAUAAUGAUUCACAGAGACGUUACAUCGUACGUGAUCCACAACUUGAUUCCAGACACGACUUACACGGUAGAAUUGAUAUUUAAAGAAGCUAAAAAUGUUUCCACUAAACUAGUAUCAGCUAAAGCAGCAGAAGUGAAGCUGCCUGCUCUUCCUAAAGACGAAUACGACUUCCAAGUGACUCUUAUGCAAGAUAAAAACGAUUUAGAUUCGAAUAAAUUAAUUAUUUCUGGAAUUCCGACUCCAUUUAUUAAGUACGUGCAUCUUGCCAAGGUAUUGUUUAAGAGUGAUAAGGAUCAAGAUCCCGUUACUGUUUAUAAAAUACUUGAAAACGAUAGGAUAAUGUUGAAGGAAUUGAAACCUGGAAGGAGGUAUAAAGUUUGGUUGAAUUUAUAUCUAACAAAUGGAAAAACUCGAACAUCAAAUGUUAUUCAAAUUACAACCAAAGAUGAACCAGAAAUUAAUGAUAUCGACACAAAUAUCAUUAAAGCUAAAUUGUCAGAAGCUCCAUUGUCUUCUCGUAUGGAAGAAGAGACUAAAGCAUAUUACGUUGCAUUGAUUGUUGUUGCAGUUAUUGCUACAGCAGCAGGUUUUGGAUUCAUUCUACUACUGAUCAUAUUGUUAAAAAGGCAAGCAACAGCCAAAGCAGCAAUUACCAGGGCGCCUUCAGAGACGGCAUACGAUAAUCCUACAUUUAAGCCUCAAGACGUUGACAGGUCAGACGACAAAAAUUCUCUUCAUCCAUGAAGUGGAAGGUGUAAAGUAAAACCAUCCAGUGAAAGAGUCAACAAUUCUGACCUCAAUUUAACCAUAAAAGGUUAAAUUUAGUUCGAAAACAGUCAACAAUUUCCGAGUUUUAUCGGAUGUGAUAUCAAAAUUUCAAAAUGGACACUUUUUCUCAUCUCUCUUCAAGAGAAAGAAGAAUAGAAAUUGUAUAGUUAAUA